GAUAGGUUUUUUGUGCACUGUGAAGGCUGGAAAACCUUCGAGGGUCCGAACUACGCACGCUCUAAUAUAACAUAGUGGAGAAUAUUACCGAUUUACCAGAGCGCACUGGACCAGUGACGAGGAUCAUCGCUGACUGCAUCAUGGUCAACCUCUGCUGUCUCUGCUGCGGUGAAAUCCCUCAACCCCGCCCCCCUGCGUCCGGUCAUCAGUCGGCAGGACCGCCGCGGGAUCCCUGCUCCGUGCAGCCGCAGCAGCAGCAGCAGCCUGCUGGCUCUGGCCCAGACGUUGUUGGGCUGCAGGGGGCACAGCAGGGGGGAGCGAAAGGAGGGACAUCCAGAAGUAGACCAGAGUGAACUCAUCACCUCCCCCUCUCCUCUCUGACAUGCGAGAAGUGCAGCAUGCCCUCCUCAGACCUGGACUCUGCAGAGGAGUCAACGGCUCACGCUGACACUGAUGCUGAUGUUGAUGUUGAUGCUGAUGCUGAUGCUGAUGCUGAUGCUGAGGAGCAGGAGCAGCAGCAGAUUCAGCAGCGGAGUCAGGAGCGGGUCUCAGCAGCUGACAGUGAUGCAGUGGAAGAGCAGCUUCCAGUGCAGCAGUCCCUUGGUGCUUGCGUCUGCCGGGAGUCCCACUGGCGCUGCCUGCUGCUCUCUCUUCUCAUGUACAGCUGUGUUGGCGUCGUGGCGUGGUGCCAGCUCACCCGCGUCACCAAGAUCAGCUUCAACUCUGCCCUCACCUCCUCAUUUGCGUCCUCCUUCACCUCCUCCCUGAGGGGAGGAUCAGGGAUGGGCGUCACAGGACACUCCAUGAUUUACCACGACAGUCCCUGCUCCGACGGCUACAUCUACAUCCCCCUGGCCUUCCUGGUCAUGCUCUAUGUGCUGUACAUGGUGGAGUGCUGGCACUGCAGGGCCCGCAGUGAGCUGCAGUGCAAGGCCAAUGUGGACAGCGUGUAUGAGCGAGUGCUGAGGAUGAAACAGGCCCAGCCCUGCAUAUGGUGGAAGGCUAUCAGCUACCAUUUUGUGCGGCGGACCCGGCAGGUCGUCAGAUACCGCAACGGCGACGCCUACACCGCCACGCAGGUGUAUCACGAGAGGGUAAACACGCAUGUGGCAGAGGGAGAGUUUGACUUCAGCCACUGUGGGAUGAAAGACGUGUCACGUGACCUCAAAGGCUUAGAUGGACACCCCGCCACCCGCCUGCGCUUCACUAAAUGUUUCAGCUUCACAGAGGCAGGGCCAGAAAACGACUACCUCAACCAGAGGGCCAGGUUCUUCUCUGAGAUCGAGGGUCUGGACGACUACAUGGAGGCCAGGGAGGGGAUGCAGCUGAAGAACGUGGACUUCAGAGAAAACCUCAUAGCCUUUGUAGAUCCUGACACGAUGCCUUGGUACAAUUCCCAGGUGGCAUUCUGGCUGGCAGCUCUGUUCAUGCUGUCGUGGCCGCUGAGAGUGCUCAUAGAGUACCGCACUGCUUAUGUGCACUACCGCAUAGAGAAACUAUUUGGGUUAGAGUACAGCCACAGUAGCCCGUCUCCAGGGAACGAAGUCCGACCAGCGGGGAAUUACUCCGGUUGUGCUAUUCCCAGAGUUGACACACUGGACAGCACUGAGAUGGAGUGGCACAUCCGCUGCAACCGGCAGGUGAUUCCCAGCUACUCUGAGGCCAUGCUGAUCAACAUGAGCACAGCAGACUCUGACUCGCUCCACGACACCGAGUGCACCACGUCCUCCAACUGUUACCUGCUGGACAGCAGCCAGACUCCACAGAGUUACGGCGCUUUCCAGAGACAGGACGAGUGCGAGCAGUGCAACGAGCUGACGGGACAAGGAACCGCAGCAGGAGACAGGAGGACGACCAUCACCAGCUCCAGCUGCUCUUCCAUCUUCUCCUGUCGGGGGGCGCUGUUCCAGUCCCACCUCUCUUCAGACACUUCUCGCUUGUCUCUCUGCCGCGUGUACGGGUCCCACCGCUCCGUGGCGCUGUGGAGGAGCCACAGCAGCAGCCUGACGGACCCGUGCUGCGUGGACGAGCAGUGCUGCAGGUCAGAAUCCAGCCAGCUAGCCCUCAGCGACAGUCCGCCCACUUACAGGGACGCCCGUUUCUUCCCGGUUCUUAUCGUGCAUCGGCCCGAGGGCUGCAGCGGUGACGACAGGAGGGAGGCGCGGCGUUAUUAUAUACGCAGAGGGUCAUUCUGUGCAGACACUUCCAUGUAAACGAUGGCAAGACGGGAAAUGUGCGAUAACGGAUGGUGCUGUAGUGAUGCUCACUAUUUAAUGAUGAAUGGGGAACAUUUGUCAAAAAAAUACCAGUGCAGAUAUGCAGCAAAAAACAGCUCCAUUAUUUAACCUGUAAUAAGUGCACUGAUAUUUUCUCACUGUCUGUUUGUGUGUGAGUGUGUGUCUGUGUGUGUGUGAGAGGGUGUUUAAAAAGUGGAAUCCAGUCAUUUUCAACACACCAGGCUGUUGUUUGAGGUCACCCAGUGGUGUGAAGAAGGCUAACUGAUGACCAGGUUUCCUGUUCCUCCUGUGUUAAGUCACCUCUACCUUUUGCCUCUUGACAUCCUCAAUAUAUCACUACAGGUGCUAUGCAACAAUAACUGGAUCUUUAUCAGACACCACUGCAUGUGUUUAGCUCACUAUGAGAGCAAAGUCUGACAAGAUCAAGUAGAAAACCUCUUUACGUCCGGAUGACUUUCUGUACAUGAUGACCUUAAACAACAGCGCUGUUUGUUGGAAAUGCAAGAAUUCUAUUUUAAAGAUGUUCUAAUUGCCUUUUUUCCCCCAAUAAGUAAACAAACAUGAUACUGCAUGAUCUGAUUGGUCCUAUUAUUCUGGAAUUGUCAAACAUCUUAGAAAAAUGUAAGAAUUGUCAAACAAAAAGGGAAUUUGCAUGUUGUUACCAGUUGUGUUGUUUUUUUUACUUACAUGCAGCAACAUUAAAACCAAAGAUGUACAUACUCUGCGUUUUUAUUUAUUUGCAUGCGUUAGGAAAUAAAGGAUAUUUAAUUUAAUCGUUCACAGAAUUCUGUUAUGCACAACCUGCUAAGACGCUGUGACAGAAUUAACCACUGGGUGUCGCUGCAUAAUUGCUUGUUGAACAUAACAGGAAGCGUUCAAACAAAGUUACUAUUAUAU